AUGCCUUGGGAGGUAUUAUUCAUGCUGGAAGAGCAAAGAGGCUUCGCGAGAUUGCAGUUAGCGGAUAUUCUUAUCAGAGGAGCCAACCUUGGGAGCUGCGGUUCUUGUGAACUGAAAGCCAGAUAUACUGAUGCAUACAUGAGCAAGUUGAUUUUGGAGGAUCUUUGGCCUGCGUAUUUCUCCAAAAUGCCCAUCUCAAUGGCGCUACAGAGGGUGGAGAUGAUGUCUGAUCGGGUCCCUCGGGGACAAAGCCACCCUUGCGACAGGGCUCACUACCACAAUGUUCCGCUAUAUAGAAUUUGUCGUAAGAAUGACAUUGGGUGA